AAACGCUUUACGACAUAUCCGUACAGAGCAUCCUGAGACGACCACUGUCAUAGAACCAGGAAGAAGGAAGGUGGGAUAGCUUAAAAAGGCUAUUAUCCCGGAACGAUCGGAGAACUUUCCUUGAAAAUGAUGAGGUCGGCUAGGUGGAAGUGUGUAUCGCUGGUGUUAUUGCCUCUUAUAUGUUUACUGUUACCGGCCCGGGCGGAUGAGCACGAUCACACGUAUGACGACAAAGAGGAGGUGGUUCUAUGGAUGAACACAGUGGGGCCGUAUCACAACAGGCAGGAGACGUAUAAAUACUUCUCACUUCCUUUCUGUGUGGGCGCCAAGAAGACCAUCAGCCACUACCACGAGACGUUGGGAGAAGCUCUCCAGGGAGUCGAACUGGAGUUCAGUGGCCUAGACAUCAAGUUUAAAGAUGAAGUGAUGCAGACGACAUACUGUGAAAUUGAGCUGGACAAAGCUAAAAGAGAUGCCUUUGUCUACGCUAUCAAGAACCACUACUGGUACCAAAUGUACAUCGAUGACCUGCCAAUCUGGGGGAUUGUUGGUGAGGCAGAUGAGAACGGGGAAGACCAUUACCUCUGGACUUACAAAAAGUUGGAAAUUGGCUUCAAUGGGAACAGAAUUGUGGACGUUAACUUGACCAGCGAGGGCAAAGUCAAACUCGUGCCGAACACAAGAAUCGCCAUGUCCUACUCGGUGAAGUGGAAAAAGUCUGAUGUGAAAUUUGAAGAUCGUUUUGACAAAUACCUUGAUCCAUCUUUCUUUCAACACAGAAUUCACUGGUUCUCCAUAUUUAACUCCUUCAUGAUGGUGAUCUUCUUGGUGGGCUUGGUGUCUAUGAUCUUGAUGAGGACUCUGAGGAAAGACUAUGCCAGAUACAGCAAAGAAGAGGAAAUGGACGAUAUGGACCGGGAUCUCGGGGAUGAGUACGGCUGGAAGCAAGUCCAUGGUGAUGUGUUCAGACCCUCUAGUCACCCUCUGAUCUUCUCCUCCCUAAUUGGUUCUGGUUGUCAGAUCUUCUCGGUGUCCCUUAUUGUUAUCAUCGUGGCCAUGCUUGAGGAUCUGUACACUGAGAGAGGGUCGAUGCUGAGCACGGCCAUAUUUGUAUAUGCAGCCACUUCCCCGGUAAAUGGUUACUUUGGCGGAAGCCUGUAUGCAAAACAAGGGGGGAGGAGAUGGAUAAAGCAGAUGUUUAUUGGUGCGUUCCUGAUCCCAGCUAUGGUUUGUGGCACAGCAUUCUUUAUCAACUUUAUUGCUAUUUACUACCACGCCUCCAGAGCCAUCCCAUUUGGUACCAUGGUUGCAGUGUGCUGCAUCUGCUUCUUCGUGAUCCUCCCUCUAAACCUGGUGGGGACGAUCUUGGGUCGGAACCUUUCAGGACAGCCCAACUUUCCCUGCAGGGUAAACGCUGUGCCCAGGCCCAUCCCAGAGAAGAAAUGGUUUAUGGAACCUGCAGUCAUUGUGUGUCUGGGUGGCAUCCUGCCAUUCGGGUCUAUAUUUAUUGAGAUGUAUUUUAUUUUCACAUCAUUCUGGGCUUAUAAGAUUUAUUAUGUGUACGGAUUCAUGAUGCUCGUGUUGGUGAUCUUGUGCAUUGUGACUGUGUGCGUGACCAUCGUCUGUACCUACUUCCUCCUCAAUGCUGAAGACUACAGAUGGCAGUGGACAAGCUUCCUUUCUGCCGCUUCCACGGCAGUUUAUGUUUACAUGUAUUCCUUUUACUACUAUUUCUUCAAAACAAAGAUGUACGGUUUGUUUCAGACAUCAUUCUAUUUCGGCUACAUGGCAGUGUUCAGUACAGCUCUGGGUAUAAUGUGUGGAGCCGUUGGUUACAUGGGAACAAGUGCCUUUGUGAGAAAGAUCUACACAAACGUGAAGAUUGACUAGCCAGGCUAUGGCAUCUGUGCAAUCGGCUGACGUUUCCCAGCAGCGGCGGACACGAGUCUUUGUUCCUUUUUUGCAAGAAGAGAUUGUGAUCUUAUCUUGUAUAAAUCUAGUUUUCCAUUUUCUCAACAAAUUCAAGGUUGCAAGGGUGUGUACGUACACAGGCAAAUAAUGGAAGAUGAAAUAAACACGAGUUUUAUUUUUUUUUUUUAAUCAACUUUCAUUUCUUUCCUCUGGAGCAAAUGUGUAGACUGACUUUUUUUUUUUUUUUUGCAGUUUAAAUACUUUGGUUCUCCUCUGAUAACUCUGUCCCACCCAGCAUGAGUGAACGUAGACCUUUAUCGAUGGAGUAGUCUAGCUCUCUUCAGUGAAGAGGCCGAAGUACAUGGAGAGCCUUUGUUCUGUUGUAGGAGAAUAUUGGAGAGUUGCGAUUGUGUCCAUGCUCCGACUGUCUGUCUGUCUUUUUGUAUUGUCAAGUUGAGUGGUGAUGUAUUGUUUGAAACACUUUGUUUCCAUUCACCCAGAGCGUAGUGUAACUUUGCGUUCAAAAGACGAAAGAAAAAAAUGUUGGUUACUAGCUUUUCUGCCACCGGUCUUAACAACCCAUCACUUUACACUACAUGGUUCAGAUUAUCAUACAGGACCGAAAUGAGGCAUGAAUCACUCCGUUCCAGAUCCAGGUCACAGAUUAACGUACGGUCCAGUCAUCUGCAACAAGCGUGGAUGUUUUUAAAUUCGUUGUUUCAUAGUGGUCUUGUGUUUUCCAGAUUAGUCUUACUUUUAAUAUCGGGAUUUAAAUGAAGUUGAGUGUGCAGAUUAUAAACGGAUGGGGGUAAACCUGUAUAUAACCUUAACGUAACUGUAGAAGUAGAUUUCAAAAUGUAUUUUGGUUGUACAGAUAUUACAUUUUUUUUAAAAAUUCAGCUGAAUGAUUUUGUCUCUUUAUUUUGGGAGCUUGGGGUGGGUGGCACCUUCACAUUUUGCCUGUUAAUGCAUGACAUUUUCAUCUUGUAUAACUUUUUUUUACCUGCUUUCUUUGGCUUUUUCUUUGCUGUGUGACUCCUGACACAUGCUCAAGUACAGCGUUGUGUAACUGUUCAAAAAAAAAAAAUCUGGAGUGCUGCUUGUAGAGGAAAUGACCAUCGUAUCCAUUUUUUUUUCCUUUUUAUUUAUGAUUUAAAGCUUUAAAUGGCUCUCCGUGUGCUGAACAGCCGCCUCCCUCCCUCCCUCUUGUUAACUUCCCCAUUCAUUACCAGAAGCAGCAUUGUGAAUGUUGGACACAUGCAGAGUUUCUGCGAGCAUACUGUAAUGGGCGACUUGUACUUUUUAUUUGAUGUUUUCCUAACUACAGGAAGUGCCACAGGAGCACUCUGGCAAAGCUCGUAUUUUUCGUUCUGCUGUAUACAGUAUGUAACUAAAGAUGUCUGAGACAUAGCAAAUUUUUUCCUUUUUCUAAUCCCCUCAAAUGCCAGAUGAUUUAUGGCCCCUCAUGUCAUGAACCUUGUGAUGUCGGAAAAGACAUUUUAAAACACGCUAUACUUGUUGUAAAAAGGAAAAAAAUAAACAAAUGUUUAUGUACAGAGGUUA